UCCAAAUCCAAAAAAAAAAGCGAGCUGACGUGGCAAAAUUUACAUCAAGCGUCAUCUCUCUAUCUCUAUCUCUCUCCCUCCUUCACCUCUCUCUCUCUCCAACUUGUCGUGAUGGCUUCUCUAAGGCUCCCCGCUCAGCUCGUUACACGUGGCACUCUCAACCACCAUAACUCUUCCUCCGCCGCCUCCUCCUCCUCCUCUGGACGCCUCUCCUGGCGGCGCUCUCUCACGCCGGAGAAUUCGAUUCCGAGCCUCCCAUCUUCCUCAUCCCUUAACCGGAAACCCUCAACGGUAGUCCCGGUUACAUGCAGUGCCGCAGCGGUUAAUCUUGCGCCGGGGACUCCAAUCCGACCAACGAGCAUCUUGGUGGUCGGAGCCACUGGAACACUUGGAAGACAAAUCGUCCGGCGAGCUUUGGACGAAGGGUAUGAUGUCAGGUGCUUGGUCCGACCGAGACCAGCUCCCGCCGAUUUCCUCCGUGAUUGGGGCGCCACCGUCGUCAAUGCGGAUCUUAGUAAACCGGAGUCAAUUCCGGCAACAUUGGUCGGAAUCCACACUGUAAUUGAUUGUGCCACGGGACGUCCCGAAGAACCUAUCAAGACGGUAGAUUGGGAAGGGAAAGUUGCUUUGAUACAAUGUGCAAAGGCAAUGGGGAUUCAGAAAUACGUCUUCUACUCAAUCCACAACUGCGAUAAGCAUCCCGAGGUUCCUCUCAUGGAGAUCAAGUAUUGUACUGAGAAAUUCCUUCAGGAAUCCGGUUUAAACCACAUCACUAUCCGGUUAUGCGGUUUCAUGCAAGGUCUUAUCGGUCAAUAUGCAGUCCCAAUUCUGGAGGAAAAAUCGGUUUGGGGAACGGAUGCACCAACGCGUGUUGCUUACAUGGAUACACAGGAUAUUGCUAGGCUUACACUUGUUGCUUUACGCAAUGAGAAAGUCAACAGAAAGCUUCUAACUUUCGCUGGCCCUCGUGCAUGGACAACCCAAGAAGUAAUAACACUAUGUGAGAGACUCGCUGGGCAAGAUGCAAAUGUCACAACGGUUCCUGUUUCCGUGUUGAGAGUCACACGUCAGUUAACUCGUUUUUUCCAGUGGACAAACGAUGUCGCAGAUAGAUUGGCCUUCACUGAGGUUCUCUCGAGUGACACUGUCUUCUCUGUUCCGAUGACCGAGACUAAUAGCCUACUGGGUGUGGAUCAAAAGGACUUGGUGACGCUAGAGAAGUACUUGCAGGAUUACUUCAGCAACAUACUUAAGAAACUAAAGGAUCUAAAGGCACAAUCCAAGCAAUCAGACAUCUACUUCUGAGUUCUUACCUUCUUGUGUCUUAAUAAGAUUCAAUACUGUUAAAAAAACACUGCAUUAUCAUCGCAUACUGUGAGCUUCAUUGUUGCUCUGUUCUACAAUGGUUAUUGUGCUGCCUUUUGUAAUUAAAGAAAAUUAUUGUAAUGUAAAUGUAGCUUGAGGUACCCAUAGAGAUUCUUUGUUGUCUUGAGGAUAAACCAGCAAAGUGAAAAGAAAAUGAGGUUCUUUGUAGCCAAA